AAAUUAUUCCACUCCUAUUAUUAAUAUAUUACUCUCCUUCUUCUAUAAAGAACAUACACGUCUUGAAGCAAUCAGCCACUCUUGGGUUUUGGUUUUAUCCGAAUCGCCAAUCAUUCCCCUCCCAAGCAACCACCUUCCCUCCCACCUCAUCGGAAAAAAGCUUAGGUGAGUCGUCGGGCACAUGACGACUUCAGCCGGCGCCGGGAUCUCCCUGUUAGUCCCGCUCCUCCUCCUAGCUCUCUCCACUACCAGCACAGUCAGCUCCGCCAGGCCAGAUAAAGCAGAUGACGUCAUCCAGCUGCCCUCAUCCGCUUCCAGGUUUUUCCGCUCCGGUGGCGUUGACGACGAUGCCGACUCUACGGGGACUAGGUGGGCGGUGUUGAUCGCCGGAUCCAAUGGAUACUGGAAUUACAGACACCAGGCUGAUGUCUGUCACGCCUACCAGAUUCUCAAAAAGGGUGGUCUGAAAGAUGAAAACAUCAUUGUUUUCAUGUAUGAUGAUAUUGCUUAUAAUGUAGAGAACCCGAGGCCUGGAGUCAUAAUCAACAGUCCACACGGUGAUGAUGUUUACAAAGGCGUUCCGAAGGAUUAUACUGGGGAAGAUGUGACUGUGGGAAACAUUUUUGCUGCUAUCCUUGGUGACAAGUCUGCUCUGACUGGGGGCAGUGGUAAAGUUUUGGACAGUGGUCCGAAUGAUCAUAUUUUCAUCUACUACACCGAUCAUGGAGGUCCCGGGGUGCUAGGAAUGCCUACCAGCCCAUACAUGUAUGCCGAUGAUUUGAAUGAUGUUUUGAAAAAGAAGCAUGCUUCUGGAACCUAUAAAAGCUUGGUCUUCUAUCUAGAAGCUUGUGAAUCUGGAAGUAUCUUUGAAGGUCUUCUUCCCGAGGGUUUGAAUAUUUACGCAACCACUGCUUCAAAUGCCGAAGAGAGCAGCUGGGGAACUUACUGCCCUGGAGAUUAUCCUAGUCCACCGCCAGAAUAUGAAACCUGUUUAGGCGACUUGUACAGUGUUGCUUGGAUGGAAGACUGUAAAUGGCAUAUUUUAACUUUCUAUCUCACUUGCCUUUUGAUCAGCGAUGUACACAAUCUGCGGAGGGAGAGCGUGCAUCAGCAAUACGAGUUGGUCAAGUCGAGAACUUCAAAUGACAAUUCACCUUAUGGUUCCCAUGUCAUGCAAUAUGGUGAUAUGCCACUCAGCAAGGACAUGCUUGCCAUGUAUAUGGGUACCAAUCCAGCGAAUGAGAACUUCACUUUUGUGGACCAGAAUGCUAUAAUACCACCCGUUAAAGCUGUUAACCAACGAGAUGCCGAUCUUGUCCAUUUCUGGGAUAAGUACCGAAAGGCCCCGGAAGGGUCAGCGAGGAAGACUGAAGCCGAGAAGCAGGUUAUGGAGGCCAUGUCACACAGAAUGCAUGUAGACAACAGCAUGAAACUCAUCGCAAAGCUCCUCUUCGGAAUCAACAAGGGUUCGGAGGUGCUCAGCGCUGUUCGCCCUGCUGGCCAGCCCCUUGUCGACGACUGGAAAUGCCUCAAGACACUGGUAAGGACAUUUGAGACGCAUUGCGGGUCGCUGUCCCAAUACGGAAUGAAGCACAUGAGGUCUGUAGCGAAUAUGUGCAACGCUGGAAUCGGGAAAGAUCAGAUGAACGAGGCUGCGAGCCAGGCAUGUGUCAGCUUUCCUACCAGCCCUUGGAGCUCGCUGCAGAAGGGGUUCAGUGCAUAAGUAAGCUGUGGAUUUUAAUGGGAUGAUUUGGUCUAUUAUUGUCCAUAAAUAGUAAAGUGUGGCCAGAUAUAGAACGAAGUGGGUUUGCUGGAAUGGGUUUUGCUACUUUGCUCUUCUCUCCUGUAAAUAAGAAAGAAAGAACCCUCUGCUUGUAGUAAUCUCCUACCUAUCUCUUGCUCUGCUGUGUAAUGAAAGCAUUCUCUUAAAGAUGUACAACUGCAUUGAAACUAAAUAUGUAUUCUACUAUGCAUUUGCAUCAUCCAUGGUAUG